AAAUGUAAUGCUGACAACUUCUUCCAUGUUGUUUCGUGUCAGAAAAUAAGCCGAAAACUAAGAACAAUUUAACUGACUGUGUUUAUUUCAGAGAACAGCUACUAUCGAGUAUAGAAUACAGAUUGAUCAAAAAUGUUUCUGUGGGACUGGUUGACAGGAAUGCUCAGUUUUCUAGGGUUUGGUAGGAAGAAUGGUAAGCUAAUAUUUCUAGGUCUGGACAAUGCUGGAAAGACGACAUUGCUUAGUGUUCUGAAAGAGGGGCACAUGGUGCAACCGGUCCCUACACUACACCCUACAUCAGAAGAGUUAUCUAUGGGUGGUAUGAGAUUCACAACAUUUGACCUUGGUGGUCAUCAACAGGCUCGUCGUGUAUGGAAAGAUUAUUUUCCAGCUGUAGAUGGCAUUGUGUUCCUUAUAGACACUAAUGAUAGACAAAGAUUUGUAGAGGCAAAAGCAGAAUUAGAUAGUUUAUUGACAGAUGAGCAGGUGGCAAAUGCCCCCGUUUUGAUUUUAGGCAACAAAAUAGACAUCCCAGGUGCUGCAAGCGAAGAUGAAAUUAGAAUGCAAUUUGGUCUACAUGGUCAAACAACUGGAAGGGGUACAGUAGCACGACGUGAUCUCCCUGGAAGACCUAUGGAACUGUUUAUGUGUAGUGUGUUAAAACGACAGGGUUACGGUGAAGGAUUCCGUUGGUUAGCACAAUAUAUCAACUAGGAAAAUAUGUGUAUAUCAGAUAUCAAGUGUGUGCAAGUUUUACAAGACAGAACCAAUAUGCAGCAACAUAAACGGCACGGAUGUCGGUCAACAGGCUGUUUGUGCUUGAUAUCAGGAAGAGAUAAUGAUUCUAUACAUAGAUGAUCACCAGGUUGCAAAAAGUCUGUGUCCGCAGUGUAUCUUCUAUCUGGGUUCUGUAACUCCGUGGAGAGAAAUAUAGGGCAUUAAUAAUAUUUUAUCAUACUGCUGUUGUAAUCAUCAUAUAUAUAAAAUAUAGAAGAAUAGAGAAGAACUUGCAAGUUUACAAUAAGUUAAGUAACUUCAGUUGAAAACGAGUAUUUAAUGCUAGCAAAUAUUUCAAACAGAGGAAAUUGUGGAAAACACUGUUAUGCAGGCUGAUCUGCCCAUUCAAGAGUCUUUAUAAUAUAAAUGAGUACUUACUGAGAAAUACUGCAAGUGCGACAAGAGCAUGUACAGGAUAUGCUCAGUUAAGGUUCUUUCUGUUGAUGCAGACUUUUUGUACCUUGGUGACGGUAUAUUAUGUGAUAUUAAUGUACACAUAUGAUUAUGUACACAGGUUGAUUAUUGUAAAAUACGAUCAUUUUAUUUUCUUAAAGAGACAAAUAUUUUGCUCUUGAUAUUCUGCGCUUCAUACGGUCACCGUGUCUGUUGUUCUGUUUGUUCUCUAACUUGUAGAUGAUACUUGUUUUAUUUAUAAUAUAAGGUCAUAGAAUAAAAGUAUUUCACAGUUUUUGUUAUACCUUUUUACAAGAACAAGACAUCGCUUUGGCACAAAAAGUGGAUAAGUGUCUCUUGCUGUCAGUGCAGUUAUCCACUUUUUGUGCUGAAGUGACAAUGUUAAUAAGCUGAAAGAAAUUAACUUCUUACUAAAAUGCACAUUAAUUAUAAAUACCGAGUUAAUAGUCCAACUUCUACAUAGUACACUACAAAGAAUGUUUAUUGCUGUAUUCAUGACUAAAAUAUAUCAUCUGAUUAUAGUUAAAAAAGUUCUAACUGUUUGAUUACCUCUAGCUAGUAUUCUUAACCCUUCCCUGCUAAAUUUCUAUAAUGGACUUGUUCAUCUUCCUAUUUGGACAGUACUAUUAACUGUUAAAAGGGGUGCUUACCAAAACGAUACUUACUGAAUGGCAAACAGUGCAGAAUAUGAUAAGACUGCACAGAUGUGCAAGCUGAUCAUGAUCUACACUGGUCGCAAAGACAUGUUCUACACUGGUCGCAAACACAGAAUCAAUCGUGUCCAGCAUGAUAAGGGUUAAUUAGAAAAUUUUGCUUUGUUUUAAAUUUUUACUCCUUUUAUUUUAGCACAUCUUUAGAUUCUGUUUGAAAUUUGUAGAAAUAUAUUGAAUGGUAGGAUCUGUAUUUUUUGCAAAGUUCCUGUAAAGUUUGUCAAAUGUUGAAAUUUGAAAGGGAAUUUUUUUACUUUUUAAAGUCUAAAGUUGUUAACUAGAAAGAAAGAGCUCAGGAGAGUUAUGAUGCUUGAAGCUAGGUUGAGAGGCAAGUGCCUUGUUGUGGAAAAUGUCUGAUACUGAUAAAAAGAAUGUGUAGAAUUGUAUUACUGACAUGUUUGUGAAUAUUUGUAAAUUGUUAAAACUGUAGUUUAUAAAGGCUUUAUUUUAUCACUGCAGUAUAUUUAUACAGAGCCAUGUAGUUAAAAAAAUAAAUAUUGUAUUGUUCUCGUAAGAUUUAACCUCCAUUUAAACAUUGUGAGUUUCAUACAGUCAGAGGCACGCAUGCUGUAUGUUAACAGAAAGAAGUUGUAACAGUUGGAUUAUACUAGCAUAUUUUGGCGUAAACCUUUUGAAAUUUGAAAAAAAAACUAAGUAAAAUCAUAAGCAGAUCUGGUGGGGGUUUUUAGCUCAUCUGAUUUUUUGAAAAAAAAUGAUGAGUUAUUGUCAUCACUUGAGCGGUUGUCGGCGUCUGCGUCGGCGUUGCCUGGUUAAGUUUUAUGUUUAGGUCAGCUUUUCUCCUAAACUAUCAAAGCUAUUGCUUUGAAACUUGGAAUACUUGUUGACCAUCAUAAGCUGACCCUGUAUAGCAAGAAACAUAACUCCAUCUUGCUUUUUGCAAGAUUUAUGGCCCCUUUUGUACUUAGAAAAUAUCAGAUUUCUUGGUUAAGUUUUAUGUUUAGGUCAACUUUUCUCCUAAACUAUCAAAGCUAUUGCUUUCAAACUUGGAAUACUUGUUUACCAUCAUAAGCAGACCCUGUACAUCAAGAAACAUAACUCCAUCUUGCUUUUUGCAAGAAUUAUUGCCCCUUUUGGACUUAGAAAAUCAGUUUUCUUGGUUAAGUUUUAUGUUUAGGUCAGCUUUUAUCCUAAACUAUCAAAGCUAUUGCUUUAAAACUUGCAACACUUGUUCACCAUCAUAAGCUGACCCUGUACAGCAAGAAACAUAACUCCAUCCUGCUUUUUGCAAGAUUUAUGGCCCCUUUUGGACAUAGAAAAUAUCAGAUUUCUUGGUUAAGUUUUAUGUUUAGGUCAACUUUUUCUUUUAAACUAUCAAAUCUAUUGCUUUAAAACUUGCAACACUUGUUCACCAUCAUAAGCUGACCCUGUACAGCAAGCAACAUAACUCCAUCCUGCUUUUUGCAAUAAUUAUUGCCCCUUUUGGACUUAGAAAAUCAUUUUCUUGGUUGAGUAUUAUGUUUAAGUAUACUUUUCUCAUAAACUAUCAAAGCUAUUGCUUUAAAACUUGCAACAGUUUUUCACCAUCAUAAGUGGACACUGUACAUCAAGAAACAUAACUCUAUCCUGCUUUUUGCAAGAAUGAUGGCCCUUUUUAGACUUAGAAAAUCAUGGGUAGGACAAUAGUUCUAUUAUACAAAAAAAAUCAGAUGAGCGUCAGCACCCGCAAGGCGGUGCUCUUGUUUUGUAAUAUUUCAACCCAUGGUUUUGCAUAUUGGUACACAAGACAUAUUUUUAAAUAUGAACAGUCUUACGUAUCUUAAGGCAAUAAAGAUAAUCAUUAAGCACAAAGGUUUUUUUUGUUAUUUCUGUGAAUGUACAUGUGUGUGAGAUGUUGGAUGGAUGUAUUUAGAAUAUUAAAGUUAGGUUUAGAUGUGAAUAAAACUUUUUCAAAAGAAAGUUUGGCUUUAACUGAAAUUUUUAUACUUGGCAGAUUUAGAUUUCUUAACUUGUUCCAAAUAUACCACAUUCAGAUAUAAAUCUGAUGGUUAAUAAUUUACUGGCCUCUAAUGUUACAGAAACUGGUAAUUUACUGGCCUCUAAUAUUACAGAAACUGGUAAUUUACUGGCCUCUAAUGUUACAGGAACUGGUACUACUCUCCAUUGUGCUGUUCAUGUGUAAUGUCUUUAUAUAUUCCUGGGUGGCUGUUUAUUUUUCUGUAUUUUAAGAUAUUUAUUUUAUUUUCAUUGAUACCACAGAGAGCAUGUUAUUUCAGCAUGGUAUGUGUUUAGAGAGGGAUUGGUGUGAAACAGUUGUAUCUCCUUUGAUUUAUAGGAGUUACACCCGUUUUCCUCUAAUCCCUCAUGAUAUUGUUAGAUAUACAUGUAGUGAAUGUCUAUAUACAUCAGCUGACAUACAUAGUAUAAGCCUCUACUCAAAAUUUUCCAAUGGAUUAAUCAAGGGUCUUUUUCUUUGUAACCAUACACAGUUUUAAUCUGAAGAAAUUAUAUUUUAGAGGUGCUGCUUGUGUUAUGUAAAUUGCUAUAUUCCAAUAAAAUAGCAUUGUCCUAGCUCCUGAUGAAAGGACGCUGAUAAUGUAUAUAAUGAAGUCCUACAUGUAACCAUUACAACACAUGUUUGAAAUAGCAACUUCUUAAAUAUCUAUAGUACUACAUGACCAAGUUUUCUGCUAUUAAAGAUGUAGUUUAUUAAGCGAAUAAGUGACAUACAUUUUGUACAGAUUGUAUUUUUGAAUUGCCCUGUUUGUGUUUACUAUGUGACAGGUAUUGAGUCUGAAUCCUUGUCUUGCCUUUAGAUUUGUGUGGUUGGAUUGUGGUGUGUGGUCGGAUUGUGGUGUGGUUUAGUUUUUAGGAAAAAACAGAAUGAUACUUUCCUUUUGGUUUUAUGUCAGAUUUUAUACAGAUCAUAGUCUAGAGCCAGUCUGAAGCCCUUGUUUUGUGUUUAAGUUCUAAAAAUUUGAUUCAUGGAUAGGAACUUCUUCAUGCAUUUUUAAUAAUUUUGUACAUCAUGCUCUUUGGUUAUAAAGUGAAACUAAAAAUAAUAUGAAUUACUCAGACGACCAUUGAUUGCAGUUUAGGUGAUUUUUUAAUGAAAUGAAAAUGUGUGACCCUUUGUAAAAAAAACUUUUUGAUGGAUUUCUAGUUUUCAUAUUAUGACGUACUGAGAUAUUGUGUGGUUGUGAGACUACACAUCAUUUCUUAAGUAUGUUUUUGUUGUUUUUGUUUUAACAUCUGCAGUGUAAUAAAUCCAUAGAAAGAUCUUAUGGAAACAUAGAACGCAGCCAAACAGAGUAGUAACAGACCGGUUUGAUUGAGUCACUCCAUGAGAGAUAAACCUCUAACACGUACUAGCACCAGCUCAAGCAAUACUAUUACAAAAAUACAUUUGCUUUAAGGACCAGAGUGGGUCUUACUCUACAAAUCAAAAUAGAUGAAUCGUUGCAAGGGUUUUGUUUUACAUUGACCAAAGAUAAAGUAGUUCUUUUUCAUUGUGCUUAGAGUAAGGUCAGUUGCAUAUGAUAAUCUGUUCAACAAUGAUUUCAAAUUCAGGAAAAUCCUAAAUUACAUUGUUCACUAAAAGAAUAUAGUAAUGCAAUCACAAAAGUGUUUUUGUAAAGCUAACACAAGUUUUGCUGCAUCAUUUAAUAUAUAAUUCUUGCUGCAUUUUACUGUAGGCUGUUCUACAUAAAAGAUCUAUUAGAAUAUAAUGUAUAAGCAUGUAAUCAUAUUACCUCUUUUUGUCUCCUUACUUGUAACAUUUCUUGUACAAAAUAUACAUGUGCAUAGAUGUAGAAAGACUUGCCUUUGGAACUUCGCAUUUUGCUGUAGACAGCUUUUGCUUACGCAUGUCAAUUGUUCUUUUUUUAACAUCAAAUGCUGUACAAAACUAUUUCCAUUUCUAUUUGUAAACAUUAGUAUUUUGUUUGGAAUGCAUGGUUGUCAUAUUAUUCUUUUUAAAACUAACGAAUGUUGCAAAUAUAUCAAACCAGUGUCAUCAAUUUGUAUAUUAAUGAUAAACCAUAUGUUCAGUAAAUAUUGUUAAAGCUA